GUUUUAUAAGCUUUUCCAAAAUUUGUUGGAGAAUGCUAGCAUUAUUUGAAGAAGUAUUUUAUCAUACAACUUGCGAAUUAGUUAACUCAUAUUAGGGGUAUUCUCUUGCUCUUGCAAAACCCGGUGCACGGUGCAAGAAUUGCAGAUUUACAACGGCACAACAACAAACACACGCAGAAACAUAUUUGCAAGGGCUGUAAAAUAUGUCAGACCAAAACCUAUGUAUAUUUGCGUGCAAUGUCACGCAAAAAUAUAAUUGCAACACUCUUGUAGUUGCCAUUUUACAUAAAGACAUAUUACGUCGUUAAAUUGUUGAGAAAGGUAAGUUUUAAAUAGAUUUUAAAAUUUUUUUUUAAUUUUUAAAGAAUUUUUACAGUUUUCCACAAAUAUGAAUAGCGAAGUUGCGCCCCCAGCGAAGAGGAAAAGGCAGCAGCCAAACAAGAAGUGGAAGGAGAGUGAGGUGCACUCUAUAAUAGAGUUUUUAAUGGAAGAGGCGGAAUUUGAGGCUCCAACUGCGCAAUUGUUUUAUAAACGAUUUUUACAUAACUCGCAGUUGGAUGUCUCAAGGGAUCUGGUGCGGUGGAAGGUCCGACAUUUGAAGGCGCAAUACCGUAAAGCCAAUGACUGGCUCGCGUCAGCGGGUGCAGGACUACAAGAUGAAGCUGACGGCAGAACCAUCGAAGCAAAAAUUGCUAAAUUGUGUCCAUACUACGACCAGCUAAGGGGAAUAACACAACGGCCACGCAACCGUUACUGGUUGAAAGCAACCUUCCUUCGCCUCAGUUAAGUCCACUUAGUCCUGCACCGAUCUCCACACCAGUAUCAACAUGCCAACGGUCAAUUCGUCCUCCGAAAUCAUCCGUGGUGGCUAUCCGUGGUGGCUAUCCGUUGAUAAAUAUAAAUUCGAGGAGGAAAAGAAAAUUCAAGAAAAAAAGUUAGACAUUGAGUCAAAAAAAUUAGACAUAGAGUUGAAAAAAACAGAAUCUGAGGAAAAAUUCAAAAUGUUAGAAUUAGAAAUGAAUG